UUUUUUCUUUUUUAUUUAUUUUCUCAUCUUAUUAUUUUUACUGCGGUUAUGCGUUCCAAGUUUAAAGACGAACAUCCUUUUGAAAAGCGUAAGGCAGAAGCAGAGCGAAUUCGACAGAAAUACCCCGACCGUAUUCCAGUGAUUUGCGAAAAAGUGGAAAAGAGUGACAUACCUACGAUUGAUAAAAAAAAGUAUUUGGUUCCAGCAGACUUGACUGUAGGUCAAUUUGUCUAUGUGAUUCGAAAGAGAAUCAAGUUGAGUCCAGAAAAGGCUAUCUUUAUCUUUGUGAAUGAAAUCUUGCCUCCUACUGCUGCUCUGAUGAGUGCUAUCUAUGAAGAACAUAAAGACGAAGAUGGUUUCUUGUAUAUAACAUAUUCUGGUGAAAAUACGUUUGGUUUAUAUUAAAUAAAGAA